UAAUCGCGUGUGAAAUCAAGUCCCGUGUUGAUAAUGAAUACUACACACUGUGCACUUACAUUUCAGCCUGUGCUGGUUAAUACCACUGAGGACUUCAAUGACUCAAUCCUCCUCAGCAACAGGAGCAGCAAUGGAUUUUGUGAGCAAGUCUUCAUUAAAGCCGAGGUCUUCUUGACGUUAGGGAUCAUCAGCCUGCUGGAAAACAUCCUCGUAAUCCUUGCGGUGCUGAAGAACGGAAACCUACAUUCCCCCAUGUACUUUUUCCUGUGCAGCUUGGCAGCGGCAGAUAUGCUAGUGAGCAUGUCAAAUGCCCUGGAGACUAUCAUGAUUGCGAUCCUGAGCAAUGGCUACUUGAUCAUUGAUGACCACUUUAUCCAGCAUAUGGACAAUGUCUUUGACUCAAUGAUCUGUAUCUCUUUGGUAGCCUCAAUUUGCAACCUCUUGGUUAUAGCUAUUGACAGGUACAUUACUAUUUUCUACGCUCUUCGUUAUCACAGCAUCAUGACUGUAAAGAAAGCCUUAGCUCUAAUUGUGGUUAUUUGGAUUGCUUGCAUAAUCUGCGGCAUCAUGUUCAUUGUCUACUCAGAAAGCAAAACUGUCAUUGUCUGUCUCAUCACCAUGUUCUUUACCAUGCUUCUUCUCAUGGCCUCCCUUUAUGUUCACAUGUUCUUGUUUGCACGCCUGCAUGUUAAACGGAUCGCAGCCCUCCCAGUGGAUGGGGUUCCUCAUCAGCGGACCUGUAUGAAGGGGGCUGUGACAAUCACUAUAUUACUUGGGGUCUUCAUUGUUUGUUGGGCACCUUUCUUCCUUCAUCUCAUUCUCAUAAUUUCUUGCCCCACAAACCCACACUGUGUUUGCUACACCUCACAUUUCAACACGUAUCUGGUCCUGAUUAUGUGCAAUUCGGUCAUCGACCCCCUAAUUUAUGCUUUCCGGAGUCUGGAAAUGAGAAAGACAUUCAAAGAGUUAGUAUGUUGCUGUUAUGGUAUGAGUGUGGGACGGUGCAUUCUGUAAAUGUCCAGUUUUGUACUUGGUAUGGAAAGGGCAUACACACACUGGGUGUAUGUAUCUAAACUGAAUCAGCAGCUCCACAUUACAGUCUGUGACGGAAGGAAGGGUACAGAAAAAAUAAAAACAAUAAAG